UUAACCUUUUCCCUUUUAUAUAAUCUCUCAAUAUUUUUAUAUACAAGCUGGUAGCUAAUAUCUACACACUGUAGAUUUCUUCAAAAUGGGUGUUUCGAUUCUUCAUAGAGGAAUGAUUUUUCUUGUUGUCAUCUCAGUUUUUGUACUUCUACAAACGGACAAAGUCUCAAGCCUAAGAUGGGAGAGAGAUAUGAGGCUGCAGCUACUGUCUGUUCAUCCUUUGCGUGUUCUUGAAGAGUCAUCAUCAUCAUCAAAGGAUGGAAGUAUAGAUACAAACCGAGACGUGGCGCCUUCUCCUUCCGUUAUGUCCGAUAGAAAUGAAUCAGUAAAAAGAAUGAUUGGAAGAGGAUCCGAUCCUAUUCACAACAGAUGCUAACAUUAUUCAAAAAUGAAGAAACAAUGUUUUGUUUCUGAAAGUAAUAGCUAG